ACUCCGUAUUUAUAAGGAAAAAUAAAAUAAAAAGAAUACAUUUUUUUUUCCCGAUAUUUGAAUCCCGCGCAAUCUCUCUCUCGCAAAACACCAAUUCUUCAUGUCUCAAUCUUAGGGCUUAAGACGUUUCAUUUCAUAAAUGUUUCUCGUGUCCUAAUUCCCCAUCGCCGCGACACCAAUUACCAUAAAAUAAAAAACCGCUCCGAUGACCGACAGCAACUCCAAUCCCGACCCCGGCGCCGCCGCUAGCGAUUCGUCGCGACCUUCAUCCGCGUCGACGUGCAUCAGAAUAGGUGAUCGACAACUUUUCAAAGUUGAGCUCCGACCAGGUGAGACCACAAUUGUAUCGUGGAAGAAGCUUCUGAAAGACGCCAAUAAGGAUAACAAUGGAUCCACUUCAGCUCCUGAGCAAGUUCCGAAGGCGAACCCUGCGCUCGAAGCUAGAAUCGCUCCUGGACAAACUGAGAAGAAAGAAGAAGAUGCUCCCCAGACCAACCGGUUCAGUGCUGUAAUAGAGAAAAUUGAACGGCUUUACAUGGGUAAUGAUAGUAGUGAUGAGGAGGAUCUACCUGUUGUUCCUGAUGAUCAGUAUGACACAGAAGACUCUUUCAUUGACGAUGCUGAGCUGGAUGAGUAUUUUGAAGUUGAUAAUUCUGCAAUCAAACAUGAUGGUUUCUUUGUCAAUAGGGGGAAAUUGGAACGCAUAAGUGAACCUCCGGCGUUACCUAAUCCGCCAGCAAAGAAAAGGUGCCGGAAAGAUACAUUGAAGAAUCCAGGUGAGAAUGUUGAUGGACAUGUAUCAAAUAAACAUGCAAAAGUGGGAAAGACGGCUGCUGGAAAAACUGCAUCAUUACCUGCGAAGAAUACAUUUAAUUCCUUACAGAAUUUGGCUGUACCUGGUGAAGAUUUGAAACCUCAGAAUCAAUCGGAGAUCUCUGGAAUAACUUUGAAAAAGAAAACGACUGAUAGUAGACCAAUUUCAAAUCCGUCUGUCUGUUUGAAAGAAUCCAAUAAUGAUGUCCCUUCUGUGGUUAUCUGUUUGAACGUGCCUUCUGUAGCAGAAGUCAAAGCUGCUGACAAUCAGACUACAGGAGUACUCCAAUCUAAGAACAGAGUGGAUAAAUAUAACGAUGCAAGUGGAGUGCUUGAUACUUCUCAUCAAAAGUACCAAGAAAAGGGUGUUUCUUCCAAAUCCCAACCUGGAAGAACCCCAAGUAGUGUUGAUGGUUUAGAAAAUACAGGUGGAUCAAAAGAUAAAAAUGGCAUCAAUGAGCUACCAGAACUUAACUUGUCUGGGGGAAAAUCUGUGAUGCAAGGACCAAAAUCUAAAAACAUAUUCAAAAAAGAUAGCUCCAGUGUGAGGUCAAAAUCUACAAUUCUUGAGAAAGCUAUUCAAGAUUUGGAGAAAGCGGUCACAGAAUCAAGGCCACCAACUAUGGAAAACCAGGAGGUUGAUAGCACAUCCCAAGCUAUCAAACGGAGAUUACCCAGAGAAAUAAAGCUAAAACUUGCUAAAGUUGCGAGAUUAGCGGCAAGCCAAGGGAAAGUAUCACAGGAGUUAAUUAAUCGUCUUAUGAGUAUUCUUGGGCACCUGAUUCAGCUCAGAACACUAAAGAGAAACUUAAAAAUUAUGAUCAAUGUGGGUUUGUCUGCAAAGAAAGAGAAACAUGAUAGGCUUGAACAAAAAAAGAAGGAAGUUGUUGAGAUGAUAAAGAUGCAGGCGCCAUCUAUUGAAUCUGAGCAACAGCAGCAAGCUGGAGUAUCUGGUGAUGAAGAAUUGGGUCCUGAUGGAAAAGCAAUACCUAAAAGUAAUUUUAGUAUGGACACUGCAUUGGAAGACAAGAUUUGUGAUCUCUAUGACCUUUUUGUUGAUGGAUUGGAUGAAACUGCAGGUCCCCUAGUCAGAAAGUUGUAUUGUGAUCUAGCAGAACUAUGGCCAAAUGGUUGCAUGGACAACCACGGGAUCAAACGUGCAAUUUGCAGGGCAAAAGAGAGGCGCAGAGCACUACACAAUAGAAAUAAGGAUCAGGAAAACAUUAAGAGGGAAAAGUUACUGGUACCUAAGCAGGAGGAGAAUGUUCAAUCUGAUGAUGGUUUUCCAGUUCCACCGGUUGCUAGUUCACAACAGAACGUGCGAAAGCGAUUAGCUCCAGAAUCUAACAGUCAUUCUUCAUUGAAUAAGGGUGUUUCUAAUACAGUUACAGAUGCCCAGGUUCUCCACCCCCCUGUGAAUGGUCCGAAAAAAGAAAAAGCAAAGGGGAGUUCAAGCCGUUCCCCAGAUGAUGUCAGGGUUGCAGGCAGUGCAUUGAUUAAAAAGAGAAAGACAGAAAAUGAGUUGGAAGGAACUCAUUUUCGCCCUGAGAAGCUGGCUUCUUCGAAGGGAGAAGAAAGACAUAGGCCUCUGAAGCAGUCUGCAGUUGUUCCCUCCAAAUCAAACCUUCACCGAGCAUCACAACCCAGUGUUGAACAAUCAAGCUAACCUGGUAUCAGCUAGGAUGUUUAAACAAUAGAAUGUGUGUAUCACAGUUUUUUGUUUUACCUGAUUCUCCAGCAUCAAACCUUCCCUCACCAGAUCAAAUUGUAUCCUUACCAUUUUUGUAAUUAGACGUCCUUGCAAAGUUCUGUUAAAUAUAGAUAGCUUUGCUCAUUUUUGGUGCGAUCCAAGGUGGUGGUGAUUAGUAUGCUGUUUUGAUUUAUUUUUUACAAUAGAAGUUAUCGUGGAUGGAUUGAGUAUGAAAAGUACUUAGCAACUGAAAGAAAAUUUAGAAUCAUGUGUACAACAUUCUUCACAUACAUGGAAAGUUUCAGCAA